AUGAGAAAUGGAAAUAAACCUGAAAAAUGUGUUGGAAAAUACGAAAAGGCUGCACCAGGAACUCCCGAUGAUUACGUAAACCUUUAUGAAAAAUGCUGGAUUCAUGAACCUGAGCAAAGACCAAAUAUUAAAGAAGUAUUAAAAGUAUUAAAGGAUUUAUCGAAGACGAUGGGUUUUGAAAAUUGUAUAAAUGAAGGAAUUGUACCUAAAGCUGUAAACAAUUAUUCGCAAAAAAAUACUUUAGAAUCAUUGAUGGUUAAAUAG